CUCUCUUUCCAAUUUCUUACCUAUAUAAUCUCUCCACCUUUGUUCUUCCUGAAAAAGGUCCUCUCUUUUUCUUAGCCACCUUUAAUGGACCCUUACAAACAGUUUGUCAGCCCUGAAGAAUGUAGCAGCAGUGAAUCAGGGUGGACAAGCUACUUGGCUUCUCCUAUGGAAGAUGAUUUCGAGUGCAGUGAAGAGAAUUAUAACAGCAAUCACAAUAUCAGAGAUGAUGUCCAUGAUGGUGAGGGGAAUAGUGAUGAUUCGAUGGUCUCUGAUGCCUCUUCAGCCCCAAGUCAUCAUCAGCAUAAUAAACAAAAGGAUGGUGAAGGUAGUAGUCAUGGCAAGUAUAAUUCUAGCAAGCAUUCUUCACGCAGGGAGGCAAAGAGAGAAAUGAAAAAGGGUUCUGAAAACAGUGGUAAAUCCAAAAAAGGACUCAGUGGUCAAGCCAAGUCUCGCAAGUAGAGUCAGGUUGACGCAGCAAACUGUAUUUAUUUCUUUCCAAGGUCUCUUCCAAGAAUAUAUAUAUAUGUAUGUUCACAAUAUGUUGCUUCUUUGUUUCAGUACUUAGAUAGAUUGUUUGCAAUGUGUUUAUGAUUCCAACAACAAAUGUUAAAUCUUUGAUAUCAAUGCACAAACAAUAUUACAAAA